GUAGGCAGCGAAUCCCACCGCGCGCGUGGUGUCUCCCCGUACGCACGCGCACAGCGCUCGUUAUUGAACUUGGCCGCUCGCUCGCGCUCAGUCGAUGACAUCGGCUGCGCGUCACUGAAGGCUGUUGCUCGCGCGAAGUGGACCAAGAGGAUCUGAUGAAGGUGAGGCGCAGUCUGUCUGCUCGCUUACCGUUUACGUGCGCGGCACCUUCUCUCGACUCGUGGCGGCUUGACGGCGAGGCACAGCAGCGAGCGACACCAUGCCGUAGAGCUGCAGACGAACUCAAAGUUUGCCGCGCAAUCAGGCGGAUGAGUACAGCUGCGAAUCUGAGGCGCUUUAUUCAGGAAACAACAGCGUAGAGGAAGAUGAAAUCUGCAGGAGUUGGCGAUGGAGGACUCUUCACAGAGAGCUACUGUAACAUCUGCAAUGCUCAGCUCAUCUCUGAGUCACAGCGUGUUGCGCACUAUGAGAGCAAGAAACAUGCCAACAAAGUGCGACUGUUCUACAUGCUCCACCCAGAAGAUGGUGGUCCUCCUUCUAAAAGACUGAGACCAGACAACCCGGACAGCGCAGAGAAUGAGGUGGACAGGAACAAAUGCUGCACGCUCUGCAAUAUGUUCUUCACAUCUGCCAUUGUGGCUCAGUCGCACUACCAGGGUAAAACACAUGCUAAGAGAGUACGCCUUGUUCUGGGAGAGCAGCCCAGCUUACCUACCCCCACAGAUUCAACUGCAAGCACCCCUCAGGCCACAGACCCACCACCACCUUCACCUUCAUGGCCCUCCAUGGGCAACAAUGGAGAAGCAGGCAAGUACUGCUGCCUGUGUGGUGCCUGGUUCAACAAUCCACUGAUGGCACAGCAACAUUAUGAAGGCAAGAAGCACAAAAGAAAUGCAGCAAGGGCACGGCUCCUGGAGCAGCUAGCAGGCAGUCUGGAUGCCACCGAGAGCACAGGCCUGCGCAGCAGUUACUCGUGCAGCAUAUGUAAUGUGGUUCUGAACUCCAUUGAGCAGUACUAUGCACACCUCCAGGGCUCAAAACACCAAAACAAUCUUAAACAACAACAUCAGCAAUGAAAGUUAUUGCUGGACAUAUUGAAGGCAUUGCUGCUGAAGCUCUGAAGAAAACAGGAAAUGGAUGUACUUGCAAACAUUUGUGGAGAUGCGCAGACAUUAAAGGGACACCUCAGACAAUACCUCUAUCUGUCACUGAGUUUCUUAAUACCUUAGAGGCUCCUGGACUGUUUUGUGCUUCAUGUUUGUAUUCUAGGUCAGUGUAAACUCGACUGUCAUGAGCUGGGAAUAAACACUGUUAUCCUGUAGGACUAAUGUAUGAACUUCAUGUCAAAUUGAUGUCAAUCUGUGUUACAGUGGUUCUGAUAAUCACAAUGGCACUAAUCGUGUACAAGCACUAGCCUGAAAAGACAGGGUCACUGAGUAUUUUCUUACAUUCACAAAGUCUAUAUAAUUAAUACAAGUAUGUAAUUAUCUAUGAUUACUGUCUUUUCCUUAAAAUCUGCAGUCACUGCUUUGGUGAGCUGUUUAGGCAUUUGGAAAUGGAAAAAAGCACAAAGAACAGGAGGUUGGACAUUUAAUGAAUGCAUUUUCUUAGGCAGUUGUCUUGCUUGUGUUUAAAUGUUUCUAGUAAUGGUCAGUGAUAAAGCAAAUAGACUGCUUGUGUGGGAAUUUUAGUACAGAAGUGGACAUAGACAAGAUUCACACACAGAUCACAUUAUUUUCUAGUUAACAAAGCUAUUUAGUAUAAACCAUAUUCACUAUGAAGAAAACAUUCCUACAGUUCUCUGCAAAGUAGUAUUGCAGAGAGUGGAUUUAGAGCUACUGAGUGUAUGAAGCUAUGCCUUACUUCCUGUCCCAACAGAUUCAUCAUUAGCAAUGCAAGUAUUUUCCUUCCCAUUAGUGGUUAAGAGGAAGCUUGAUAAGUGAGUAAUGCUAUGUCAAUAUUUUGAAUUCACAUUUACACAGUUUACUACUGAGUUGUUGAUGGCAUUGAGCUUUGUGUACUUUUAAUGAUGUCAAAAGGACUGCCUUUAGUGAACAGAAAUUUGCAAUGUUUUCUUCUUCAGAAAAGGUACAAUUUUAUGACUUUAUUCAGGUGGCGGAUAGUUUAUGCAAUCAAAUUAUUAACCACCACAAUGGUUCUGUUUUAAAUUGGUUUAAUUAUGCAAAAAACUGUAAAUAAAUAGUAUCAGGAAAAAAAUGUUUUAAAGCCCUUAAGUGUUAUUAUAGGAAGACUGUAAUCUUUCAGGUGUGGUAUGAAUUGUCUGCUGCAUUCAAAAUCAUUUGUGGUUGAGUUUAUUCAUUUGGGAUGUUGUGCCAUCAGAUCAUGGACAGGGACCUCAUUUUCAUAGGUAUGUAUGUUUAUACUACAAAACAUCUUAAUAAUUCUGUCUGCAGCUAUGUGGAUGUUAUAAAUGACAUUAAUGUUAAAUGGAAAACAUGGACAACUUUUCACUAAAUCAGGGUUGGGGAAUGAAAGAAAUUCCGUUCAGAGGAUUUAUUCUCACAGCUUUGUACUACUAGACAGUACUUCAUCAGCUAGUUGCCGGGGUAGACACACUGUUCCACCUUAUCUCCGUGUUUAUGCUGUUUAUAUUGUUGUGAUUUUCAUCUUGUGUAAUGAAAUUUCAAAUGAAUAUGAAACUAAAUGUGUAGUUGGUUAUGGUCUCAAUGGGGUGAAUCAGGGGUACGAUGUACUAAAGAGUCAGAGUCCAAUACUGUUUGGUAAAUUUCCUGCUGUAACACACUUCAUUAACAUGGUCAUUAACUGCUGAGUUAAGGCAGAUGUUGAGCAGGUCAGCCAGGUGAAAUCAUGUCAAACUGUGUUGAACUCCUGAAGUCUGGUGUCUGGCAUUCCAGGUCUAAAUUGUGCAUUUAUUGGUUGCACAAAACAUAUUGUAUAUUUAUGAAAAAUGAUAUAAAUGGACAAAGUAUGCUACAGAAAGGGCUCAGGUAUAAAAUAUGAGAAACUACCGGACACACUGAAAUACACCUGAUAAUCUAUUUAUUUCUUUCAAAUAAGAAAUAAUAAUGAAUAAUAAUCAGCUUUAUUUUUAUAGCAUGCUUCAUGCAUAAAAUGCAUCUCUAAGUUAGUGCUUUACAAGAAAAUUAAAAAGACAUUAAAAUAUAUAACAAUAAGAAUCAAGUAGGGGGAUAAUAUGGGUAACAAUAAUAAUAAAAUAUAAAUCAUUAAGAAAAAAACAUGAGAAAAACAAGGAUGUGAGUAAAAGUAAUCAUAAAAAUAAAAGUAAAAGUAAUCAUAAAGAUUCUGAUCUUAUUUGGGAAACUGUUCCAUUUCAGGUGCAUAGAAACAGAACGCUGCAUUGCCAAAUCUUGUUGAUUUUGGGUAAAUUGAGCCUGCAGUGCUAUAGCACAGUGAAUUAUUUGGUGCAUAGGGGGAUAGACAAUCCAUAAUGUAUGAUGGUGCUAAUCCAUUAGGUGUUUUAAAAAUUCCAAUUUACAAUGCAAAAAAUUAUCGUAUACAUAGAAAACAGAAGAAGGGUGAGUAUGGGUCAAUAUGGAACAUCAUACAGAAUGUCAUGGUUUUAGGAACAAUCACUAAGCAAAGGAUUCCCUAACUAGUAAGUAUGAAUAAAACCACUUCCCUGAUGUACAACCCACUUUUCAUGUCUGUCUAGUAAUAUAGAAUGAUCAACAGUAUCAAAGGCUACAUUGUCCUGAUCAGCAUUGAGUCUCGGGUCAUUAACUACCAUUAUCACCACUGUUUCUGUACUGUGACAUGAUCUGAACCCUGACUGUUUUUUUUUUUUAUUGUUAUCACUGUCAUUACAACUACUCAUUUAGCUACUAGCUGAACAACAGGAGGCAAUGUAUUGCCAGUAUUUUGAAUAGCAUUGUGCAGCAUCUUGAAGGAAUGCCCUUCAAGAGACAAACAGCACAUGCAAAACUCCACACAAACACUAUUUGCUAUGGCACCAUGCCACCCAAUCUUGAAUCAGAGACUUAAUAAACAAAGCUUUACUCAGUUUUGAAGAGUUCAGUGAUUUGGUUUUGAUUGACAGCUUGCAUUGAGAAUCCACGAUAUUCCUCUUACGCUCCAACCUACAUAGUUCAUAACAAUUAUCUUGUAGUAUUCAAUUCAAUAACCUUUACCAUGCACCAGAUAGCACAGAGGUGAAGACGUAUAACUGAAGUACAAAAGUUCAAAUUCUUUCUUGUUGAGGUUUGAGGUAUUUUUAUGCCACCUGCUCUUGCAGAAUCUGUGACCACAUUCACCCUGCAGACACUCUUGACCACUUCUACCUACUCUUGCACAUACUUUGAUCAUUCCUGCCCACUCCCAUAGAUACUUCUGUUUGUAUCCACCUACAUUCUUUUAAAAUUUAAUCAGUUGCUCCAAUCCCCCAAAAUACAUACAAACAAGCCUUAAGAUUGGCCAGACCACACUUGGAUCAAAUUUAUCUAGCAAAAAAUAAAAACAAAUUCAUUUGAAUAGGAACAGACACAGGAUGCAAUAAAGAAAUUAGUGUGUGAUCAUGUUGCUUUGCACUGAGUUCAUCAAGGUGAGCUUUAAUGCGAUUUAAAUGAGCAAUUCAGCAGUGAGUGGCAGAUGGCCUUGAGAUCCAUUAUGGCCAUUAGGAAUAUUUGGUGAUACAUUUUGUAUUGGUAAACAGUACAUUGGUGUUAAAGUGCUUUGGAAAAUAUUUCAUGAUAUUUUCUCUUUUUGUAAUUCCUUAUAAUGCUAAUAUUUUCCACCCCUAAAAGAGUACAGCUAUGAACAGUGUUGUUGAGGCUACCGGGAAAUGAACUGUAUGUGAAAUUGUUGAUUGCAUAAAACCUGAUUGCCUUUGUUGGACACAUACUGAAUCCAGUUGGGAUCCAACUGGAGCAAAGCAAGGUCUGGGCAGUGUUUGAAUGGCAAGUGCCCCAGAUGAUAAACCAGUUAUUUAGAGGAUUAGGAUUUGUAGGAUUUGCUAGCUUUUACUGGAGGUUUAUUAGGACCUUUAAUAAUGUGGCUUCACUUACCGGCACUGCACUGUUUUGUAUGCCAUUAUAGAAAUCUAGGGUAUAUAUAUAUAUAUAUAAGUUCACUGUAUUACAUCUUGCUCUCGUUUUGUAUUGGUGGCUAACCUUAAACAGGAAAGUAGAAGAAUAAGUGCAGUUCUCUUCUGUGCCUGCUGGAACCUUUAAGCCUAUGUCUGUUGUCUCAUGUUGCCUCAUGUCUGUCUCAUGUUACUGAUCAUUCUCUUCUACCAAUCAAAGUAUAAUAGCUCUUCAAUAUAUGCCAUCAGUGGUAUGAAUGUCCACAGGAGAAGAAGGCAUUGUAGGCAUUGUAGACACUGUCUUUUGAGAGAAUUCUCUGCUGCAUCAGGAACAAUGCUGUGGAAGCAGGGUAUUAUAAUCUGUCACAGUUCAACCCCAUUCCUUCUGCCUUGAAUUCUAGCCACAUUCCAUUAAGUAAUGCUCUACUGAUAUCUGUCUUAAUUUUCCUUGGACUCUUUUGCCUGGUUUCUGUUUACUGCAUUGGACUGGUUGUUAUUCUCAGUAAACUUUCAUACCUAGC